UUUUUGGUUAAUUUUGUGGAUUCUCGAUCGACUACAAAUUCCACUUCCAAUUCCACUCCCAACUCCCACGCAAACCCCUAAAAUUCGCUUAGUAUGAUACGUGUACAGAAUCGCAUCUCAGUGGGAUUGGAGGUGCUGCAAUUCUUUACGAUGCGCGCCUGGUACUUCAAGUCGGAUGCCUAUGCCUCGCUCUGGAAUAUGCUGACUGAAGCCGAUCGGAAAAACUUUAACAUGGACAUGGAUCCAGAGGAAACAAUACCGAUGUACAUUGAGUCCUGUGUGCAAGGCGGUCGACAGUACUUGAUGAAGGAGUCGCCCGAGUCUCUGCCGCGUGCGCGUCGCCAGCUCAUGCUGAUGUAUCUGUUGGAUCGCGCGUGCAAGACGAUCAUCGUUGGUUUCCUCGGUUACUGGACGUAUGGCCUUAUCUCACGUCUUGUGGGCGCCUAGAACGGAACUCACAGAGAGAUUUAUAGAAUAGCAUAUGGCCAAAAUAUUAUUGCUCGCUUUACCAAUAUAAUGCUUUAGGUUCGCUUUAUGGGGUACAAAAAACGUUUGUUUAUUAAAUGUUUUGCUUUUUAAGUUAAGUGUUUCGAAAUGCAAUAAAAUAAUAACGGUUCGUCAAGUUGUAUGUGUACGUGUUCGAGUGUUGAAAGUGUCAAAAGAGGAUUACGAAAGAGCCAAAAAA